AGUGAAAGGUGGUGUCGCCUCUGCAUGCCAGUGGUGAAUAUCGAUCAGAUUCUUCGUUAUAAUCAUUCGUAUGCAUUGGCAUAUGCUAGAGAGCCAGCGAGAGAGAUAAUAGAACAUCGAGGAUAGAGGAGGCGGCUAUUCGUGCUGGAUCUCGUGACUUUUGUUGAAAGGACUCGGCUACCACACUUGGAGGUAUUUUUGCGUGUGAUGAGACUUAAGUUAAGCUCUUUUGACGCUGCGUCAGUGACUCGGGGGGGCUACACGACCUGGCUUUUGUAUUCAAAGUGACACUCGAGACGAUGACAGUGCAUAGCCGAGGAGGACAUUAAUCACACCCCAGGGAUCACGUCCACUGGGAAUCGUCGUCAACAGCUCUAACCGUGGAAUUUGUGAGAACGUUUCUUCUUUGCUCAAACAUAACAUCGAGACCCAGGUUUCACGAUUACUAAAGGUUAACCCCACCCAUGAUUCGCGACAACUGGAGGUUUAACUCACGUACAGGAAGGACUUCAUGAUCCGGUGUUAACAGCUGUGGUGUUUCCCCUUAUUUCAUUUUUUUUAACAGCUGGAAGAGUUCAUUACUUUUCAAUAUAGGGAAACACAGAAAAACGUGUUACUCCAAUCUAUCUUUAAUUGUUCCCAAACGGAAACGGAAACACUGGGAAACGGAAACACUCGAAAACAUUACACCAGGCAUCGCGGGUACACUCGAUCAGCUAUCUCAUCGUUAUGAUGGUGUGACCCAGGCUUUGCAAUCAAACUAGGUUUAUUUACCGACACUUAAACAUUGCGAUCACCUUGGGGCGAGCUCAUCGACAAGAUUUCUAGAUCAUGUUGACGAAUGGAACGAAUCGCAAUGGUCUUUGAGGACGCUUGCAGCCCAGUAGCGAAUGACCUUGUUUCACCAUGGACUGACGAGGUUCGACUGUCCGAUGCCAGUUAUCAUGAGUCUGGGAUGUCGGAUGAUUCUGGCUCAACGUGUCUCAUGCAGCCCUUUGUCCAUCAAGUAGGAGGACAUUCCAACAUGUUCACCUAUGAGGGAAACACAGUAUGUAAGCCCUUGUUUGAGAAGGAAUACAACUUUUACCGGCAAAUGCCAGAGGAAAUGAGACCGUUUGCUCCCAUAUGUGAAGGUAAUUUCGAUGUCAUGUUACUCAAAGACGCUGACAGCCAAGUGCGCAUCAGUAUCGUUUCUCCUAUUCGUCCUCUCCAAGCACGGGAUGCACUCGACCCCGACACCGAGUACGAAAAUGGACAAUUUAACCAAGGAAUACCCGAAGACCAAACAGAAAGGCCUUCAACUGUUUUCUCGAACACUAAAUUGGAGAAAAACCCAUGGAGUGUUUGGUGUCAUAAGAGAAUGUAUGCCCGGAUGGACAGCGACAGGCCGGAGGGCCCAAAGAAAUACAUCAUACUUAAGAACGCGGUCAUUGGUUUCAAAGCUCCGAGUAUCUUGGAUUUGAAAAUGGGGACCAGGCAACACGGACUAGAUGAUACCGAGUAUAAGAUAGGUCGGAAGACUAGUAAAUGUUUAUCUUCGACAAGCUGUACUCUGGGAUUCAGAGUUGGCGGAAUGCAGGUUUAUCAACGGACCACUGGUAACAACAUUCAUUGUGAUAAAUUCAUGGGAGAAGCAGCCAGCAAAGACACUGUCCAUAAACUAUUUCAGAAAUUCCUAUCCAAUGGUGUUCGAUUAAGACUUGAAGUGAUUGACCUAUUCGUUGAAAAACUUCGCGCCAUUUUAAAGGUGAUGGUGAAGCGGUGCGACGUUCGUAUGUUCUCCAGUUCGCUAAUGAUGGUGUAUGAAGGAAUUGAGAACCCAGGUGAAGAAGGGGAGGAUUUAGCGGAUGGGCGGGUUGUUGAGGGGGAGGAGUGUUCCGGAAGUGACGACUCGAACUUAAUUCAAUCCUUCCCCUCCAGUGCGAGUUACUCUGCUGCCAGCUCAAGUGCGAAAACUGCCUCUGGUUUAAAAGUUGAAAUUAAGAUGAUAGAUUUCGCACAGUCUUUCCACACGGCUUCAAGAACUGAUGUUAAAUUUGUCGGGCCCGAUAUAGGCUAUAUAUACGGCCUAGAGAGCUUAAUUAAGAUAUUUCUCAACGUAAAAGAAAGGUAUAAAGAAUCCUGGUAAAGUUAUAACGGGGUCAUUAGGUGCGAAGAUGUUGCACUACAUAUUUUGAUCUUCUGCGUGGCAUAAAAAUUCAUGAGAAGAUCAAUACAUAUUUGACAACAUUGCGAAAAUAUUUUAGUAUGGAACAUGCAUACCUUGUUGUUAACCUAAAUAUGAACGUUCGAUAUAAAUAUACGAGGUAUUGAAUUUUGCAACGGAUAGCAUGUCAUACUGCAAAAGGCGACUGGGCGAAUCUAUGAAAGACCAUCCACACCUCAUUGCCGAAAGAGCGGCUUGCACGAGACCGAAAAACUUGACGAAAACUAUUUCUGCAGAGCACAUGAAACACUUUGUCCUGUUUUCAAAACCUUUUCAUGAGAUCUCUCUAUGUUAUAUUUACUCUUUGACCAACUCCAUUGCUGAUCCGUUCGCCCCAUAUCUGUGGUUUUAUCACGCAAUUAUGUCGGGGCUUCCCCAAUACUAUUAUUAAAGUAUAAGAGUGAGACAUCA